UUGCGUUGCUCUGUCCUCUUUUACUUCUCAUUCACCUUAAAACAUUUGCUGCAUUUCUCUCUCUCUUGGCUUUGUUUUUUCUUGGUCAACCUUUUUCUCUUACUUUUGUUUCCAAGAGAAGAUCUUUUUUUUUUUCUUACUGAGCACAGUAAUUGCCUCUUGGUGUCUGACCACUAGCUAACUGAAGGUCCUCUGGAUGCGCACUAUUCAGUUGGAUUUUUGGCUUUAAACUUUUUGCUCCCUCUCAACAACUCGGGGAACUUCACUGAAUGAAAUAAGCCGAAUUCGAAAUCCUCCUGACACUUCCAAGGCAACUGUGUAACUAUGGAGUGCAGGCAUGGGGCAGAAAUCGGGCAAAAAGCAAACAGUGUGUUGUCAUCAGAGAGGGGCCGCUGAGGAGUGGACAGGAAAAAAAAGGAGGAGUGAAGUUUGUGGAUGAAAGUAACUUUCUGUCUCUGGAGAGGUUUUUUUGUGUGUUGUGGAGCUUUUGGAUAACAGGAAAAGAUUAAGAGAAGACGCAUAAACAAGAAGAAACUUUCCCUGAUUUUGUUUUUCUCUUGGAUUUUCAAACUGCAGACAAAUUGUCAGCAAACUACAAAGUAUUCAUUUUUCAGGAUUGCUUCUAUCACCUCUCUAUUACUGCAGCUUUUGCCAAGGAGAAGCAAACUUUGUUAUGAGAGACUUUUUGUUUUUUCUUCGUCGGAGACGGCGUGCUUGUGUAAAUUAGUGUUUGGAUUAUGAGAGGGUUUUCUUGCAGCUGUGUCAGGAGUGUGUUUGUUUAACUCCUGUGGACGAGAACUUCACUGCAUGUGAUGCGUGGUUGUGAAGCUGCAGGUUGCCUGUCUGUCCUCGACGCGGACAGGCACAGGGACGGAGAGACAUGCGUUUCCAUGGCGACAAGUGGCUGUAGCCCCUUCCCCAUGUGUUGGGAGAGAGAAUAUGACAGACACCUAGCAGCGGCAGUGUCUGCAGGGAAAACCAUGGCGUCAGCCUACCUGGACCCCAACCUGAAUCACACCCUCCUUGAAGGGGCCAAGUCCCGACUGAGUGCGGGGGGAUCGGACCGAACCAUGGCCGGCUCCGUGGACAGGGUUCUGAAAGUCUGCCAUCACUUUGAGAGCAACACAGAAAAUAGCUGCUGGUCUUCCAAUAUAAGAUACGGCGAUGCAACCGAUGUUAGGGGGAUCAUCCAGAAGAUUUUAGACAUCAACAAAGUGCGCUGGACUUCAUGUUUUGGCCUGCGGCUCAGUAACGGGCAAUCCAAAGACCAAGUGCACUGGCUCCACCCAGAUUUGGGCGUGUCCCACGUCAGAGAGAAAUAUGAACAAGCACGGCCAAAUGAAGAGUGGAGGUAUGAGUUAAGAAUCCGAUAUCUACCAAAGGGCUUUGUGCAGCAGUUUACAGAAGACAAACCUACUCUCAACUACUUCUACCACCAGGUGAAGAACGACUACAUGACCGAAAACGGAGAUCAAGUGGAACAAGAUGUAGCUCUCAAACUGGGCUGUCUAGAAAUUAGGAGGUUUUUUAAAGAGAUGAGAGGAAAUGCCCUGGACAAGAAAUCUAACUAUGAACUACUGGAGAAAGACGUUGGUUUGAGGCGGUUUUUCCCAAAAGACCUGCUGGAUUCAGUUAAGGCUAAAACGCUUCGAAAAUUGAUUCAGCAGACAUUUAAGCAAGUAGCCAACCUUAAUGAUGAGCAGUGCAUCCUGAAGUUCUUGGAGAUACUUGCACCAAUUUACCGCUAUGACAAGGAGUUCUUCAAAUGUGCCCUUGGGUCCAGCUGGGUGAUCCAGGUAGAAUUAGCCAUCGGGCCAGAGGAAGGAAUCAGCUACCUCACUGAUAAGGGGUCCACGCCCACCCAUCUAGCAAAUUUUAAUCAAGUCCAGUCCAUCCAGUACUCAGCUAUGGAGGAAAAGGACAGGAAAGGCAUGCUACAACUGAACGUAGCCGGAGCUGCUGAGCCUCUCACAGUUACGACAGCAUCUCUCACCACGGCGGAGAACUUGGCUGACUUGAUUGAUGGUUACUGUCGACUCGUAUCCAUGGAAACUCACUCCUUCAUUAUCAGAGUUCAGAAAGAGGGAGAGAGAGCGCUGCCUUCCAUCCCAAAACUUUCUAACAGUGAAAAAAAGUUAGAAGCAGUCCGGAGUGGAGUAAGAGCGAUCUCUGUCUCAGAAGAUCUUAGUGGGGAUGAAACUGAUGACUAUGCAGAGAUAGUUGAUGAAGAGGACACCUACACCAUGCCCUCAAUGAGCUAUGGAGUAGUUGAAGCGCGGGACUAUGAGAUCCAGAGGGACAGGAUAGAGUUGGGCCGCUGCAUUGGAGAGGGUCAGUUUGGCGAUGUACACCAAGGAGUCUACAACUGUCCAGAUAAAGCAUCUCUAGCUGUCGCCAUUAAGACCUGCAAGAACUGUACCUCUGACAGCGUCAGAGAAAAGUUCCUGCAAGAAGCACUGACAAUGCGUCAGUUUGACCAUCCUCACAUUGUUAAGCUGAUCGGCGUGAUCACAGAGAACCCGGUGUGGAUCAUCAUGGAGCUCUGUACUCUUGGAGAGUUGCGCUCGUUCCUUCAGGUGAGGAAGUACAGUCUUGACCUGGCCACGCUCAUCCUGUAUGCCUACCAGCUCAGCACAGCUCUGGCCUACCUGGAGAGCAAACGCUUUGUACACAGGGAUAUAGCAGCUCGGAACGUGUUGGUCUCUGCGGUGGACUGUGUGAUGCUUGGAGACUUUGGUCUGUCACGAUACAUGGAGGACAGCUCUUACUACAAAGCUUCUAAAGGUAAACUUCCCAUUAAGUGGAUGGCUCCUGAAUCUAUCAAUUUUAGGAGAUUCACGUCUGCAAGUGAUGUCUGGAUGUUCGGUGUAUGCAUGUGGGAGAUCUUGAUGUACGGCAUCAAGCCCUUCCAGGGGGUGAAAAACAAUGACGUGAUUGGCAGGAUAGAAAACGGGGAGCGCCUGGCGAUGCCUCCCCAGUGUCCGCCCACCCUCUACAGUUUGAUGACCAAAUGUUGGUCAUAUGACCCCAGCAAGCGUCCGCGAUUCACUGAACUCAAAACACAACUCAGCACGAUACUGGAGGAAGAGAAGCUCCAGCAAGAAGAGAGACUCCGAAUGGAAAUGAGGAGACAAGUCACCGUUUCAUGGGACCCAGAUGAAGCACCACCUAAACCUAGCAGACCAGGUUACCCCAGUGAAGGCUUCGUCAGCAACUCCCCGCACAACCACUUCCCGCAAUCAGCCCAUGGUGGUGUAGGUGGAGGAGUUGGAGGCAGCUAUCCUUCUACUGAUUCCUGGAAUCCGCACAGACCUGAACAUACUGCACCGUGGAGCCCGAAUAUGGAGGACAUUGGGUGUGUAGGUCAGGCUCUGAUGGAGGAAAGGCUGAUGAUGCAGCAGCAACAGAUGGAGGAUGACCAGCGGUGGCUGGAGCAGGAGGAAAGCUUCAUGAAGGCGGAGUCCAGAAACAGCAGAGGGAGCGUCGACAGGGAGGACGGCACACUACAAGCACCGACUACCAUCACUUGCCUGACCAUGGCAGAAGAAAGAGCUGUGGCCAGUUUGAGUGAUUUGCAGCCUCAAGAGAUCAGCCCACCUCCCACCGCCAACUUGGAUCGUUCCAACGACAAAGUGUAUGAGAAUGUGACGGGACUGGUUAAAGCUGUGAUCGAGAUGUCGAACAGGAUCCAGCCCGCUGCCCCGGAGGAGUACGUCCCCAUGGUCAAGGAAGUGGGUUUGGCUCUGAGGACUCUGCUGGCCACAGUGGACGAGACGAUUCCUGUGCUGCCAGCCAGCACACACAGAGAGAUUGAAAUGGCCCAGAAGCUGCUGAAUUCAGAUCUGGCCGAGUUGAUAGCGAAGAUGAAGCUGGCGCAGCAGUAUGUCAUGACAAGUUUACAAAAGGACUACAAGAAACAGAUGCUAAUGGCAGCUCACGCCCUCGCAGUUGACGCCAAGAACCUGCUGGACGUCAUCGACCAAUCACGGCUCAAGAUGAUCAACCAGACCCGCCCACAUUAGCCCGGGAUCUAACCAACUUGGCGGUUUUUGAUGCAGUGAAUCCAAAUGCAGGACAGGGAAAGAGAGCCCGGGAGUUUGGUAGUUCUCGGGAAUUUAAUAAAAGACUGAGAAGGAUCGGCAGGUGGACAGAGUGAUGAAGGUCUGACGUGGAAAACCGAUGAACAGCAGACACGACAAACUGAAACAAUCAGCCCCUCCCCCCCUCGUUCUCUCUGGAAAAAAGUCAUGUUUUGGCCAACUUUGUGUUGUUUUGUACUUCAGUUGUAUUAUUGCCUUUUUGUAUCCAGAGAAACCCUCUUCUGUCUCAUCACAUAUCCUCAAAAAAAACACCUUUUUUUCCAGAAUCACUCGUUACUCAUUUAAAUCUUUGAAGAUUCAAAUAAAAUGUCUGGGAAGCUCACUUGAAGGACUGGACAGGUGUUUUUGGUGAAUGGACCCACCAAUCUUUGCCACGAGAACACAUGACUGACACUCCACAAACGCAGGAGGAAGCAACUGGAACUGAAGAGCCUGCAUGAGGAGGAUGAUGAAGAUGAUUUCAUAAAGUUCUUUAAACAUGCUUUUAUAUUAUUAUUAUUAUUGUGGUUGUUGUUGCUAUGUUCAUCCCUGCAGUAUGCCUCUGUUUUCUUAAACUUUAUAUGAACAAAAAUGAUUGAUUUACAACACGGUUGCUCAUAAUUUCAUCUCUUUUUUUCACCCCACUCUAGACUUCUUUAUCUCAGGCAUCAAGAUACAGCAUAAACAUUUGAGUAUUAAAAAAUGCAACAGCUAUAGGUCUUUUUAAAUAUAAAAACUGCUACAUGCAACUUUUAAAGUUAACUUGCAUAAGUAAAUAUACAAAGAAGCUCUAUUUUUAACACAUUUCUGAGGCAUGAAUUGUUAGUAAAUAAUAAAUAUUGGAGAGGGGAGAACAGGAGGGAGGAGUGGAAGGGACAAAUGGAGGGAGGGUAGUUUUUAAGUUACAGUGGAGGUGCUAAUAAUACUAUACAGCUGCUUGCCCUGUGCCAAAUGAACAUUUCACUCAAAACAUUGCUUAACUGUGGAAUACAAGAACAAGUUUAGCAACAGCUUAACUGUUGUUUCUCUGCUUAUCCUCUAAAAUUUUGAUUGGUUUGUAUAUUAAAGCUCUCUGUACCAUGCCAUCAGUCGGUUUGUUUCCUCUUUGUCAAACUUUCAGGUGAUUAGUAGAAUAUUUACAGUCUUUGUUGCACUCUAGUUGUAUCUGUAACGCACCAAGAGUUGUUUUAAAUUAAGGGUGUCGACCUCAUUCGCAAGGGUUUGGUCACGAUUUUAAAAUAUGAAAUUGUUAUCCUGUUUUCCUCCCCCACCUUUCUGCCUCCCUCCACUGCAGUUAUUUAUACCUUUUUAAUCUUCUCUACUUCUGGUCUAUCUAUUCUUCCCCUCACCUUUGUGUUCCUUCUCUCCUCCCUCUCAUCCUCUCGCUGUUCCCUCUCCCCUGAGGUGAGCAAUAUUCUCAGGAAGGAGACAGUUGUACAGUUGCUAAACCGAGCAAAUAAAACACUGUUAUUAUUGAAGCAA